AUGAAUAGUGAUAUGCUUCCAGAGGACUUGCUGGGAGGCAAAAUCAUGUCUUUCCCACCAGAAGAUCCCGUGGAGGUUGAGACCCUUCAACAGGACACAACUGCUAAUGGUAUUAAUACAGCUAAUGCUGCCACUGCUGCUGCUGCUACAACUACAACUACAAUCACACCUGCUAGAGCAAAACCACUAUACAACAAGAACGAUAGCAAUGCAGAGGCUAACAGUAAGAGAAUCAAUGAGAACUUGUUCAUGAACCUGAACAAUCCCGCUGUUGCUGAAGAUCAAAUACAUUUACCUAUCCAAGAAUCAAUUGCUCCACCUGUUGUAUCAGUAUCAGAAGCAAAUUCCAUACAUUCAUCAAUAAAAUCAUCAGUUCCUUCAAUAGUGACAAACGUAUCUGUGAACCCACCACCAACCUCAACAUCGGCAACUGGAACUAAAGCUAUUAGUACCACUGGUGGUCUUAGAUUAAGUUCAUUUGCUCCAACUUCAACUCUAUCAGGAAUACCCAGUAAUGUUAACAUUUCACAACAAAAUUCUUCUCGUCCACCUUCAGUUAUAAAUAAUAGAGGUAUGAUUCCAAAUAGAAAUCCAAAUAAUUUCACUUCACCAGAAUUUGAAAAUAAAACAUUACCAAUAACUAUUAAUCGUCAUAAUUAUCAACCAUCUCAUCAUAGAUUUGAUGAUGAUAAUGCAUCACAGAUUAGUACUUCAUCUCUUGCAACUUCAUUUUCCAAAAGUUUCCUCUUUGGGUUUUUAAAUAAUAAAAAAAAAGAUGCAAUGAAAUCAGGUGGAUUAAUAUCAAAAGAAUAUUGGAUGAAAGAUGAAACUUCAACUGAAUGUUUUAGUUGUGGUCGUUUAUUUACAACUUUUAGAAGAAAACAUCAUUGUAGAAUAUGUGGUCAAAUUUUUUGUGGUGCUUGUACAACUUUAAUUCCUGGUGAAAAAUUUAAUCAUAAUGGUAAAAUGAGAGUUUGUAAAACUUGUUUAAGUUUUGCUACAGAAUACAACGAUUCAAGUGAUGAAUCUUCAAUAAUGGAGGAAAGUUAUAUUGAACCAACACAUAAUCAUGAUAAUAAUAAUAAUAUUAAUCAACUAAACAUGGAUCAAGAAAGUAUCUUACCUUCAACUCCAAUUGAUGAUAAUAAUAUGCCAUUUGUUACUGCUCCAACCCCACCACCAAGAAUGGCAAUUCCUGCAACUCGUAAAGGUGAAUCUGUGGAAAUCCCAGUAUCAAGAUCUUUUAAUUCAAGAAUUUCUUCAAUUCAUACUACAAAUUUUGGUAGAAGGAAAGGUUUAGAAAGAAAAUUAACUUAUCCAACGUAUCAAAGAAAUAAUGGUGAUCAACAUCAACAUCAACAUCAACACUAUAAUAACUUGAACGGUACUAAUGGUCAUUCAAGUUUAUUAAGACAUAAUACAGAAACAUCAUUUGCAGAUUAUGUUAAUUCUCAUCAUUCAAAUAGUACUUUUAAUUUUAGUACAAAUGAACAUCAAGAAGAUACAGAAAAUAAUUUUGAUUCACCUUCAACAGAUCAUCAAUUUUCAGAUUCUGAAGAUGAAGGUUCAAUGUCAAUUUAUGCUGCUUUACAUUUAGAUAAAUCUGAUAUACCAGAUCAAUCAAGAGUUGAUGUUAGAACAAGAUUAUCAAGAAGUAAUACAAGGUCAUUAGAUCGGGCUCAAGCGUCAUUAUUAAGAAUGAAGAAUAGAAGAAAAAGUAAAAGUAUUGCACGUCCUCAAAAUCAAUCACUGUAUAGAUUUAAUGAUUUUGAUUUAUAUAAUCCAAGUUCACCUGAUGCUUCAGCUUCAUUAAAUUUAAUAACUACAAAGGAAAAUAUAACCCCAACAAAAUACACUUCAGAAUUAAAUGAUGUUUGUAUACUUCAUUUGAAAAAUUUACUAUUUCAAGGCUUAAAAGAUUCCACUGUGGAUAAUAUAGAUGAAUGGACAAAUGUUUUAAUGCCAAUGCUUAGAUCUAUUGAAACUGUGGAUUAUAAUGUUCGUGGUGGUGAUAAUAUGGAUAUAAGGCAAUAUAUUAAACUUAAAAGACUUGCAGGUGGUAAUUUAUCAAGUUGUGAAUCAAUUGAUGGUGUUAUCUUUUCUAAGUUAUUCUCAUUAAAAUCAAUGCCUAGACAUAUAUCAAACCCAAGAAUUGCAUUAAUUAUGUUCCCAUUAGAAUAUAUGAGAACUGAACAACAUUUUAUGAGUUUAGAACCAGUGUUGGCUCAAGAAAAGGAAUAUCUUAAUAAAUUAGUUGGAAGAAUUGUUGCAUUAAAUCCAGAUGUUGUCUUUGUUGGUGCUAAUGUUAGUGGACUGGCUCUACAAUUAUUAGACGAAGCUGGUAUCGCAGUUGCUUCAAACAUGAAACCUCAAGUUAUUGAGAGAAUUUCAAGGAUGACUCAAGCUGAUAUAGUGAUAACUAUGGAUAAAUUAGCUUUAAAUCUUAAACUUGGUACUUGUGAUUCACUUGAUGUGAAAACUUAUGCCUAUAAAAACACUACAAAGACUUUUAUGUUUUUAACUGGUUGUGAACAUAGGCUUGGUUGCACUUUAUUAAUUAGAGGUGGUGAUAAAGAACUUUUACGUAAAAUUAAAGAUGUUACUGAAUUUAUGGUUUAUGCUACUUCUAAUUUAAAAUUAGAAACUGCAAUGUACAGAGAUAAUUUUAUGUAUUUAUCACAGGACUUUUAUAAUAAGAUGGUUAAUAAAUCUUCAGAAGAAGUUACAGGGUUUGGUGAUUCAUUUUUAAACAGAUUCAAUAAAAGGUUAUUGUCUACAUCACCAACUGUUCAAUUUGAUGCACCAUUUUUAUUAAUUAGAACAAGACAAAUUCAAAGAAAACUACAAGAUGCCCAAAAGGAGUUUGAAGAAUUAAGUACGCAACAAAUUUCGAAAGAUGUCCAUUUAGCUAAUUUGUCAAAUGAGAUUGGUUCACGUAAUUUAUCAGAUGGUGAAAUUGUUAAAAUUUUUGAUUACGUUUCAAAAGAGAAUAUUUCGUCAUUAGAAGAAAGUUUUAAUAUUAGAUCAAGACAAUGGGAACUUUUCAGUUCAUUUGCACCAGAUUUAUUAGAUCCAUUAGCUCACCAAAAUAUCAUAUUUCUUUAUUCAAUGGUUUCUACUAAAACUGCAACACCAUGUAUUGGACCUCAUCCACUGCAAAUUGAUUACUAUUGGGAUAAUGAUAUGACUAUUGGUCAAUACGUUGAACAUUUGAUUUACUCUGCUAAUACUGGAUGUUCAGAAGGUUGUGGUGGGUUACUACAAGAUCAUUAUAGAAGUUAUGUUCAUGGUCAUGGUAAAGUUGAUGUUAUGGUUGAAAAAUUUCAAUCAAGAAUACCUACACUGCAAAAUGUUAUUUUAACUUGGAGUUUUUGUAAACAAUGUGGUCAUACAUCACCAUUUUUACCAAUGAGUGAAACAACCUGGAAAUUUUCAUUUGGUAAAUAUCUUGAAUUAUUAUUUUGGAGUAAAAAACAUUCUUCAACAAAUUUAGGUAACUGUUCUCAUGAUUUUGCUAAAGAUCAUAUCAAAUAUUUUAGUUUAAAUGAUUUGACCGUAAGAAUGGAAUAUUCAACUGUUGAUUUAUUGGAAUUGAUUGUUCCAAGAGCAAAAGUUUCAUGGAGACCAAAUAUUGAUAUAAAAUUAAAAAUUGAACUGCGUGACUUCAUUUUAGAAAAAGCUACAAACUUUUUCAAUAGUGUUUUAGCAAGAUUAACAAGAGUUAAAGUUGAUAGUACUUCAAAUGAAAAAAUGGAUGCUGGUAAUCAAAAAAUUGAAGAAUUAAAAGCAAAAGCACAUCAAGAACAGAAUGAUGUUUUACAAAUGUUGAGUGCAAUUUAUGAUUCUACAGAAGCUAUUGAACAUUUACAAUUAAACUCUGUAUUAAGAUAUGUUCAAGAUUUAAGUGUUGAAUGGGAUUUAGAGUUUACUGAAUUUGAAAAAAAUUUCUUACCAUCUGAAAAAGAUAUUGCACGUAUUACAACAUUACAAUUGAAAAGAUUUUUCUUGGAUAAUAAUGAUGAAAGACCAUCUGCUUCACAAUCAAAAACUGAAAAAGAUACAACAACCACAUUAAAUGAUGAUAGUGAUGAUGAACAGCAUUUUCAAAAUGAAAAGAAAGAUGGAAACAAACAAGAAAGUUAUGAAAAUAUUCAAAAGACUAAUGGAACUAGAACCGUUUCUGAUAGCUCAAUUAUUGGAUCUAAUAAUUUCAAUACAAGCGCAACCAAUAGUCCAAAACCAAGUAAAGUUCUGGAAAAAGUCAAUAGAAUGGAGAAAUUACUUAGUGAACAAGUUGAUCCAAGAAGAGUGUUGUCUACAGGAAGUUCAGAUAGUCAGAAAUUGAAAAAUUCAAGUGUACCAUUGCAUCAUCAUCCUACACCACUUCCUCAUCAUACCAAAACCUUAUCCAAUGUUUCUAUGGGAUUUACUACACCUAUUAAACCUGAUAAUAAAAAUGGUUAUUUUGAUCUGGAAACCAAAGCUUUAUCACAAGGUCAUACACCACUGAAUGAGAGAGACUUCAGUAAUUUAUCAUCAUCUCCAAAUAAACCAGAAUUUUUGAAAAAUGGUAAAUUACCAAAACCAAAGUUUGGAAUUAGUACAAAAGAUCUUGAAAUUCAAUUAAAAGAAGGACGCCAAAAGAGUAUGAGUAGUAAUAAUUCAAGUUUAAAAAGUUCAGAUCAAGCUAAAAUUGAAGAUAGUAAAGUUUCUAAAUUAGCAAAUUAUUUUGAUCAAAUCCAUUUUGAAACAUUAUCCAAAGAAUUUGAAAUGCAACGUGAAAAGGAAAGACUGAAGCUGAUUCAAAAUAGAUAUAAAGCUGCCCCAGUUGCUUCAUCUAAACCAAUUGUUGAGGUUUAUAAGAAUGUUAGAGAUGCGGUUGAAGAAGAAGAUCAAGCUGCAGAACAAGCAACUGACGAAUUUGGUAAGAAGACCUUGGAAAAUUCAGAAAAGGAAAUUAAGAAUAAAAGUAAAGUAUUGGAAGAUGGUAUAAAAGAAGAGAAUAUGAAGACUGAAAUUCCUCAACCUGAAAGAGUUUCAUUAAUGAAAACUUUAACAAAUUUCUGGGCUGAUAGAUCUGCAACUUUAUGGAAACCAUUAGAAUAUCCUAUUUCACCAACAGAACAUAUAUUUGUUGAUUCGGAUGUUGUUGUUCGUGAAGAUGAACCAAGUUCAUUGAUUGCAUUUUGUUUAAGUUUACCAGAUUAUGAUCAAAAAAUUGAUGUUUUAAGACAAAAUAAUCCAGGAAAUCCUUCAACAGCUCCAGCACAAACUUCUUCAUCAACCACAAUACCGCAACAACAAAAUCUCAGUGCUAAUACCUCAACAUUUGAAGGCAAAUCACAAAAUAGAUCUACUAAAACUGAACCACCAAUGAAUAAAUCUGAAGAUCUGGAAAUUGCAAUGCUUAAAAAAACUGCAGUGCAUUUAAAAUAUCAAUUUCAAGAAGCUGGUACAUUAUUAUCAUGUAAAAUAUUCUUUGCAGAGCAAUUUGAUGCAUUCCGUCGUAAAUGUGGAUUAGAAGAUAAUUUCAUUCAAAGUUUAUCAAGAUGUAUUAAAUGGGAUUCAGCAGGUGGUAAAAGUGGAUCAGCAUUUUUAAAAACAUUAGAUGAUCGAUUAGUUAUUAAAGAAUUAUCAAAUGCAGAAUUAGAUUCAUUUGUUAAAUUUGCACCAAGUUAUUUUGAAUAUAUGGCACAAGCAUUAUUUCAUGAUUUACCAACAGUUAUUGCUAAAAUUUUUGGAUUUUAUCAAAUUCAAAUUAAAAAUCCAAUUAAUGGUAAAAAUAUUAAAUUAGAUGUUUUAAUUAUGGAGAAUUUAUUUUAUAAUAAAAAAACAUCAAGAAUUUUUGAUUUAAAAGGUUCAAUGAGAAAUAGACAUGUUGAAAAAACAGGUAAAGAAAAUGAAGUUUUAUUAGAUGAAAAUAUGGUUGAAUAUAUUUAUGAAAGUCCAUUAUUUGUUCGAGAAUAUGAUAAAAAAUUAUUAAGAGCAUCAUUAUGGAAUGAUACAUUAUUUUUAGCUAAAAUGAAUGUCAUGGAUUAUUCAUUAGUUAUUGGUAUUGAUGAUGAAUCUAAGAAUUUAACAGUUGGUAUAAUUGAUUGUAUUAGAACAUUUACAUGGGAUAAAAAAUUAGAAAGUUGGGUUAAAGAAAAAGGGUUAGUUGGUGGUGGUACAAAAGAACCAACGGUUGUUACACCAAGACAAUAUAAGAAUAGAUUCCGUGAAGCUAUGGAUAGAUAUAUUUUAAUAGUACCUGAUUGUUGGUACCAAGGAAGCAGUCAACAAUGA